AUGGAACAGCAUGUGAUAUAUGAAGGCAACAUGAAGGGGAUGACAUUGGAUAUGACUUAUUACAAACGGUACUUUCCAGCUAGAACUUGGAACCGUAACUACAUAUGGACUGGGCCACGGAGAAGCUCGAGCGCACAGUACUAUAUAGGACCAAUCUCCAACAUCUACGUCGAUCUUCGGAGGGAAACCGGCCCAGUCGAUACCUGGACCUCCAUACUGCAGACGGGUAAUACUGCCUCCAUCGGUGGCAUAGCCGUUCCUUGGAUGGCUGGAAUAUCUACGUGUGGCCUUGAACUGACGGGAUCGCUGCUACGCCUUCCGUCAGAGGACGACGAAGCAACGCCUCAGGCAAAUACACAUUCAAUGACAGACUUCCUAUUCAACUCCAACGGCUGCACACUCGCGUCCUAUGCCGUAACACCGAUCUGGCCAUCGAACAUUGUCACUGAAGACAUGAGUUGGAAGAACAGGAACGAUGUGCUAGACUUGUGCUAA